CCUGUGGCAGCUGUCUUUUCUGGUGCUGGUGAGUCACUAUGUCUGGACGCGGCAAGCAAGGCGGCAAAGCGCGGGCUAAGGCCAAGACGCGCUCUUCCAGGGCCGGCCUGCAGUUCCCGGUGGGCCGGGUGCACCGUCUUUUGCGCAAGGGCAACUAUUCCGAGCGAGUCGGGGCCGGCGCGCCAGUAUACCUGGCAGCGGUGCUGGAAUACUUGACCGCCGAGAUCUUGGAGCUGGCAGGAAACGCAGCACGGGACAACAAAAAGACCCGCAUCAUCCCGCGCCAUCUGCAGCUAGCCAUCCGCAAUGACGAAGAGCUGAACAAGCUUCUGGGUCGUGUUACCAUUGCUCAGGGCGGCGUCCUGCCCAAUAUCCAGGCUGUGCUGCUGCCCAAGAAGACCGAGAGCCACCACAAGGCUAAGGGCAAGUGAGACGCUUAACAGUCGAGCCCAUCAGUGAUCCCCAGUCUUAGAAAUCAAAGGCUCUUUUCAGAGCCACCUAAUUUUUCUGUAAAGUGCUGAAAUACGAAAUUUCUUAAGAAUUUUGUUUACCUAUUUUCUGCGACACUAGUAAAGCUUCAAAAAAUAAAAUACCCUUGCUUCAGUCCGUGGCCCGAAAGAGGUCGGUUUGUUUUUAAAACUCUUGCUUGCUCUAUGCACCACAAAACCUGUGGAAAAAAAAAAUCUUUGUUGUCUCCUGGUAAUAAACAGAUGCAAAGCGUCUACAAA